AUGGAUUCCUCCUUCAACUCAAGAAUGUCUCCUUCAAAAACUCUUUCAUUGAAUGAUUGCUUAACCAUCAUCAUUGAUUACACUCGCUUAAUUAUUUCUUCUACGUCCAAUGACCCAAAAAACCUUACCUUUAGAUUAAUAACCCCCAACUUUCCCAAAUUUGAGAUUCCUCUUGAUAUCUUAUGCAACAAUAAUGAUAUCAACAACCAAUGUUUGUACGAAAUCUUUGAAGCCUUGCCUAACUACCUAAUGAACUUGGUUAUACGUGAUAUGAGAGAUUGUGCUAGAAAAAUGGUUCAACGUGGAAAAUUGGAGGCGGUGAAUUUGGCUCUUCGAUGGGUUAAUUCGCACAUUGGAAAAGAAGAUGAAUUUGAUCUAAAUCAUGCUUAUCAUAAUGAUCAACAAAUUGUGGGUUUAUCAUCAAAUUUGGAAGUUGAUAUUACUUCAGAUUCUAAGGAUCAAUGUUCAAUUUGUUUUGAAGAGUUUUGCAAUGGAUCGGAGACGGAACUCUUUUAUACAAAAUGUUCUCAUAUUUUUCAUAAAAUGUGUAUUGCUAAAUGGAUCUGUCAAUGUGUGACUCAUACACACAUUUAUUCUUGUCCAUUGUGUAGAUGUGAGAUAAUGUGA